AUGGAGGCCACGGGAAGAACGGCGCUUUGUCUCUGGUCAUUUCUGUUCAUCUUAACAGAGGUCAGCUCCGAGUACAUCCACAUCCCCUCAUUAAUCCACCACGGUACUGAAGGGAAGCCCCUGCUCCUGCCUGUUGAGACUCAUUUCCAGUUGGAUGAUGUGGAGAUCCAAGGAACAUGGUCUCACACCACGACGAGCGGCACCAGGACCACACUGGUGACAUUCACCAAAAAUGCCACGAUCACUGACAUGAUGUAUCGCAACCAUAUCCUCUUCAGGGAACCCAAUGUUUCUUUGCUAAUUCGGAAAUUAAACCAGGAUGAUGAAGGCAAUUAUCACCUAAACCUCAACAUACAGUUUCAUAACAAGAAAGAACCGGUUAUCAAAGAGAAAAGAACAGUGCAAGUAAUGGUGGAUGUUCCAGUGUCCACUCCGGUCAUUGAGAAGUACCCAUCGUAUGCAGUUGUUGAGGACAAGGCGAACGUUACCUUGACUUGUUCUGUUGAAAGAGGAACACGAGUUGUGUUUCAGUGGCUGAGGGACAAUGUCCCUCUGGGUCCCCGUGAAAGAUACCGAUUCUCCCACAACAACUCCAUGUUGUUUAUCAGUCCUGUGAGAAAAGAGGACAAGGGAACUUAUCGGUGUGUGGUCAGCAACCGAAUCAGCCGAGCCCAGUCAAGUAGGGCCAUGGAGCUCAACGUCUACUAUGGCCCCUACAACCUGGAGGUGAACUCGGGCCAAGGCCUGCGGACAGGGGAGGUGUUCACCAUCAACCCUGGAGAACUGGUCUUCUUUGAGUGCCAGGCUGAUUCCAACCCACCGAACAGUUACGUCUGGAUCUCCAAGAGCCACAACACGACCCAGGUCAUCAAUGAGGGCCCACGGCUUGAGGUGCGCUUCUACAGACUGGCCCAAGCUGAGGAGUACAUUUGCCGAGCCUUCAACAACGUGACACAGAAGCAAGACGAGGCCCAGUUCACUCUGGUGGUGGCCAGCUUAGGAACAGGGAAAGAGAAGCACAUGCAGGAGGGCAGCUCUGUAUCCCCCCUGGCAGCCAUUACUGUGUGCUCUUUGUUCGUCAUCGGCUGCAUGCUGCUCUUCUUCCUCAAGAGAACCUGUCAUCCAAAGAGAGUGCUGAUGAGCAUUUACAACAGACCGCUUGCAGAGCAGAAACGACCACAUCGCUCAGGUCACGAGGAUGCUUCAGAAGACUUUGGCAUCUAUGAGUUUGUCUCCAUACCUGGGAAAAUGGAAUCAACACAGGCAUCGUGCAGAUCUCUGGCUCGCUUUGAGUCAGUUCAGGAUAUGCACACCACCAUCUACGAUGUGAUCAGACAUGUUCCUGAAACCCCCAGCCACAGUUUGCUCAAGUAACUUCAAACUGGAGGUUUGAGAUGUUAACUUGCAGCUGUUUCACUUGAAGACUUAUG